UCCCUCAGUCCCACCCCGCCCCCGCCCCCUCCGGGCCGGGCGCUCCCCGCUGUCCGGUCCCGCACUCUGCGUUCGGCCGGGCUGACAGCUGCGAGGGGAGCGGGCAGGACAGACAUGGGGACGUGGAUCCUGCUGCUGUUCUGCUGGGCCCUGCUGGGAGCAGCCAGUGCUGAGCCUCCCAAGGAGCACGACCCCUUUAACUACGACUAUCAGUCCCUGAGAAUUGGAGGCCUCAUCUUCGCUGUCAUCCUCUUUCUGCUGGGAAUCCUCAUCAUCCUCAGUCGACGCUGCCGUUGUAAAUUUAACCAGCAACAAAGGACUGGUGAGCCAGACGAGGAGGAAGGCACUCUCCGAAGCUCCAUUCGCCGUUUGUCCACCCGGAUGAGAUAGGCGGGCCCAGAGGCUGGUCUCCCCAAGGCGCAGAACUCUCCCUGGAUAUGAAGAGUGACUCCCUCUUCCCCCGCCCCAUGCUGCAUAGCCGUAGCACUUAGCCUAGACCAGGCCCCCCAAGCUCUGAUUGCAGCCUGCAGAAUCUGAGCCAGCCAGCAGGGGGCAAUAGGGAUACUCGCACGCGGCAGGUCUCAUUCCCUCCAACAGGGGGCAGCCGAGAUACACACACAGCGCAGGGCUUGUCCCCUCCAGCAGGGGGCAGCAGGGACACACAGAGCAGGGCCUGUCCCCAGCAGCAGGGGAACACCCCCACAUUCUAGGGGUGCUGCCCUCGUGGGCUCUGGGCAGUGGUGCCAAGAGCCCUGUGUGUGAGGGGUGCAGGGAGGGGUCACCGUGGGGGGCGGCAGUCGGGGUCCCUGUUGAAGCGUCUGUCAUGGGACUGUGGUGGGAAGAGCUGGCUCCAACCCCUGGGUCAGGGCUGAUCCCCUCCAGCAGGGGGCAGCAGGAACCCCCCCCAGCCUCUGCAAGUGUCCCUGUGUCCAGCCGGGGGCGCUGUCCGUAGUCGCUGGCCGGAGAUGGCUUCCCAAUAAACGCUACCUGCCCCCUC